UUUUGAAUCCCUUAAAAAAAAAAAAAAGCCCCAAUUUUCGCUAUCUCCACUCGCCGAUCCUGCUCCUUUCUCUCUCCUUGAGGCGACGAUCCAAAAUAGGGGGAAAAAAUGGCUUCGGAGAAGAAGCCGGAGCUCUUCGAGCUCAGCAAUGGCGCCAUCACCGUUAAAGUGACCAACUUCGGCGCCACGAUCACCUCCCUUCUCGUCCCCGAUUCACAAGGGAAUGUCGCUGAUGUGGUUCUCGGUUUCGAUUCUCUCGACCCUUACCUCAAUGGUGAGGCACCUUAUUUUGGCUGCAUUGUUGGCCGGGUCGCAAAUAGAAUCAAAGAAGGAAAGUUUACGCUUAAUGGCGUGGAAUACUCCUUGCCCAUCAAUAAACCACCCAACAGCCUCCAUGGUGGAAAUAAAGGCUUCGACAAAGUGCUGUGGGAUGUUGCAGAAUACAAGCCGGGGAAGAACCCAUCAAUCACCUUUAAGUAUCAUAGCAAAGAUGGGGAAGAAGGUUAUCCUGGAGAUGUAGAUGUCACUGCUACUUACUCUCUACCAUCGGCCACGACACUUAAACUCGAAAUGGAAGCCGUUCCCUUAAACAAGCCCACACCAAUCAACUUAGCCCAGCACACUUACUGGAACCUAGCUGGCCACAAUUCCGGGAAUAUUCUCGAUCAUUCGAUUCAAAUUUGGGCGACCCAUAUAACUCCUGUGGACAAAUACCAAAUCCCAACGGGCGAAAUCAUAGCUGUAACUAAUACUCCCUUUGAUUUUACAACAGAGAAUAAGAUAGGAAGCGGAAUAGGUGAAGUCCCAGGUGGUUAUGAUCACAACUAUGUGUUGGGCUCUGGAGAAGAGAGAUCGGGCUUGAGGCGAGCGGCUAGACUGAAGGAUAGUUCGAGCUCGAGGGUACUGAGUAUAUGGACUGAUGCACCGGGUGUUCAGUUUUAUACUGGGAAUUAUGUCAGUAAUGUGGUAGGGAAAGGCGGUGCUAUUUACGGAAAGCAUGCGGGGUUGUGUUUGGAGACUCAGGGAUUUCCGAAUGCGAUAAACCAGCCGAACUUCCCGUCAGUUAUUGUUCAGCCUGGUGAUAAGUAUAGGCACACUAUGCUGUUUGAGUUCGGCGCUGAGUGAUCUUUUUUCCCUUUCUUUUCCGGUUCGCUUUUUAGCGGGCCAUUGUUUUUUUUUCCUUUGUUUAAUAAAAUGUAUCUACCAUGACAAGGAAUAAGGGGACCUCUCUUCCGACAAUUUGUUUCUCAGUUAUUGUGUUACUCUUGUUAACUAAUGGAAUUCAAAUUUUCGAUGU